UGGAAAAGAGGAAGCCAUCGGGACUGUUUUCAGUUUUGGAAGUGCUCGCUUUUACCAUAGCGUUUUUUGAAAACUACCCCUUUGGAGUACAGCACUAAAUGUCGUUCCACUGAGAAACGGCAUGUGAAGCACAACUCCUUUCUGAAAAGAUAUUUGAUGUACAGAAUCUGCAGACUGGUGCCCUUUCCGAAGCUGAGCACCAGACGCUCCCAAGAUGUCGUCGUCCAGCUGUCCCCCACAGUCCCCAGCUGUGGCAAAGACAGAGGUAACAGUGGAGGGAGAGUCACCAGUGCUGGCAGCCACCUUUGCUUACUGGGACAACAUCCUUGGCCCACGUGUGCGCCAUAUCUGGGUGCCCAAGGGCCCCCCAGCACUGACUCUAGGUGAUGGCGAUAUCACCUUCCUGGCUAACCACACACUCAAUGGUGAGAUCCUGCGCAGUGCUGAGAGCGGUGCUGUGGAUGUUAAGUUUUUUGUGCUGGCCGAGAAGGGAGUGGUCAUCGUCUCGCUCAUAUUUGACGGUGACCUGAAGGGCGACCGCAACACCUGUGCCCUGUCCAUCAUCCUACCGCAGACAGAGCUUGAUUUCUACCUGCCGCUGCACGCAGUCUGUGUGGAGAGGCUUAAGCACAUCAUCCGAAAGGGACGCAUCUGGAUGCAGAAAGGUUACAACAUUGUUUCCGUGCUCACUUCAGAGAUAAUCCCUAUCAUGGACCUGCUGUCCUCUAUGAAGACUCACAGUCUUCCUGAGGACAUUGAUUUGAAGGACACAGUGAUGAACGACGAUGACAUUGGUGACAGUUGCCAUGAAGAUUUUCUGCACAAGGCUAUCAGCUCACACCUGCAGACGUGUGGCUGCUCUAUGGUUGUGGGAAGCAACCCAGACAAAGUGAACAAGAUGGUACGCACCCUUUGCCUCUUCCUGACACCAUCUGAGCGCAGGUGUUCCCGCUUAUGCAAGGCUGAUGGCUCAUUCCACUAUGACGCAGGGCUCUUUGUGCAGGGCUUACUUAAGGACUCCACAGGGAGCUUUGUCCUCCCUUUCCGGCAGGUGCUCUAUUCACCCUACCCCACCACACACAUCGAUGUAGACGUGAACACGGUGAAGCAGAUGCCUCCAUGCCAUGAGCAUGCCUAUACGCAGCGUCGUUACAUGUGUGCAGAGCUGAGCGCACUCUGGAAGGCAGCCAGCGAGGAGGAUGUUGCACCUGACACCAUCAUCCAUGCCGACGAGAGCUUUGCACCUGACCUGAAUAUCUUCCAGGACGUCAUGCACAAAGACACUAUUGUGAAGUCCUUCUUAGAUGAGGUGUUCCUGCUGAAGCCAGGCCUCAUGCUGCGCAGCACCUACCUUGCUCAGUUCCUCCUGCUGCUGCACAGGAAAGCACUCACACUUCUCAAGUACAUUGAGGAUGAGACGCAAAAGGGAAAGAAGCCAUUCCGUUCUCUGCGCAACCUGAAGACAGACUUGGACCUAAUGACUGAGGGGGAUCUCAGCAUCAUCAUGGCCCUGGCUGAGAAGCUCAAAGUGGGGCUGCAUUCAUUUGUCUUUGGGAAGCCCUUCUACACCAGUGUGCAGGAGCGUGAUGUACUCAUGAGCUUCUGAUGUACCCCUCCACAUGUCUACUAAACACCCCAGUGUUCCCCAUUCAGUCACCAGGUACAGCUGUUCACCACAAUAACAGUGGGUGCCUUGCUAGCAGUUUGGAACCCACACCAUGAAACAUGCCUUCAGGAGUAAAUGGAGGUUAGACCUUGGAUUUAUCCCAGGUCUUAACAGUAAAACAUGAAGCAUUUGCUCCCAGGAUACAGUGUAAGUCACUGUGCUGCAACAUAGAUAGUUUUUCUGAUUCACUGCAAGUGCCCCUUCCCCCAAUUGCAAAGCUCUGAAUGCACACAGGGCACGCGAACAAAAGAAAGAUGGUAAGUUUCUGCCCCCUUCCAUAAAAAUAGUUGGCCAUAUUGUAUAAAUCUCUACCUUAAGGAGUGCUAGUUAAAAGCUUAUAUGUACAUUGGAUUUAUGGAGGCACUGGGUUAAUGGAUUAAAACACCCAUUUUGUGGUUAUCAGCGAAGCUAGGGGCAGCAGGUGGCUUAGUGUUCACAGGUUCCCAUCUACUACUGUAAUGCCAUUGACCAAGGUACACACACACACACACUUUCAGAACCGCUUGUCCCAGACGGGGUCACAGGAAACCG